AUGCAAGCUAUACCAGAUGCGCGCCAGCAAACCUUUGAGGAGAUAUAUGGGCCUCCAGAAAACUUCCUCGAAAUUGAGGUAAGAAAUCCUCAAACUCACGGCACAUCGCGCAACAUGUAUACCUCCUAUGAAAUCGUGUGCCGCACCAACAUCCCCGCUUUCAAACUUAAACACUCCGUCGUGCGCCGCCGCUAUUCAGAUUUCGAAUAUUUUCGAGAUAUACUGGAGCGCGAGAGCGCGCGCGUAACAAUUCCACCUCUUCCCGGGAAAGUAUUCACCAACCGAUUCAGCGAUGAUGUAAUUGAGCAUCGACGCGAGGGUUUACAGCGGUUUUUGCAAAUAGUCGUAGGGCACCCCUUACUGCAAACAGGGAGUAAGGUGCUUGCCAGCUUUGUGCAAGAUCCUAACUGGGACCGGAAUGCCUGGUAGGAACCAAACCGGAUCUAUAUCGUACAGCUAUUGCAUGAUUUGAAGAGAGCUAUAAUACAUCCCCCCCGAUCAGUACAAAAAUCACGAGUCAUGACGAAUUCAAAAAUUGCAGAAUAUUUUCUUUUCUCUUACAUUUUCAUUCCGUUAUCGCCGCACUGAUAUCUCUGGGCAGAAUGUCUCGAAGAGUACCAAGCGGAGAACAAUUGGCCGAGCAUGCCAAUAGCGAGCGUAACUACUUGAUUGAUUCGAGUGUCGUUCAUCCCUUUCAACACGGAAGAGCCAUCCGAGGGCAAAAUACUGGCUACAUUUUGUUUCUUUGGUCCUUUCGCUUUUUCUAUCCGUAUUCUUCUGUCCUCAUCCCUUGUUACCAUUUCGUGCACAUCCUUUGUCUUAAUUUACUGCCCUUGUACAUUUUCUCUCUCACCUCCCGUUUUUUCCUCCCCGGUGCAUAUUUAUCCUUGCAAGCUAAUUUAUCAAGUUUUCAUUUUUAACAAGCUGUGAUCCUUUCUUUCUCUAAUUGGAUCGGAAUCGAAUUUCACAUUACUUGC